CCUCUCUUUCACUAUCUAUCUUCCUCUCACUCAUCAUCAUUUUAUCAAUUAGUCUUUUUCAUCCACCUAAUGUUGUGCAGUUUAUAUUCAACCAAACGUAAUACAAUGAAACAUCAUUAACAAAUAAACCGAUAACUAUGAUUAUAUUGAAUUACACAAAAGUGCCCUUGUCUCCAUAAUUUCUUGUUGUGAUUCUUGUUGGUUGUUGCUGUCGUUGUCACCUCCAUUACAAUCAUCAAUCAAAUCAUUCGUAACGUUAGAUCACCAAUACCAUUCCUGUUGUUAUUUUAAUUAUUUGUUUUCUUCUUUAAUCUUUUGUCGUUUUUUUUCUUACCUUUCUCUUCCUUACCCUUGGCUUCAUCUCGGAUAACAUUGUAAAUAUCAUCAUCUUCAUUAUCAGUAGACUAAUCGUGAAAUAACUUCUCGUCAACAUGGCUAAAUAUAAAAGUACGACUCUUUCCCGAAGCUUACAGGUUAAUAACCAGUCCAAGCGAUCGCCACCAGCAAACCAUCAUUUAAUGUCUAACGACAACAACAGCGAUGAUCAUCAAGCUCAUCAUGCCAAUCAUCAUUCAAAUCCCCACUCUAAUCAUCACUCCAAUCAUCACUCUAAUCAUCAUUCUAAUCACCAUUCUAAUCAUCAUUCUCACCAUGAUAAUUGGGCUCUCAAUCCAUACACCACUCAUAAACAUGGUUAUCACGGGAAUGAUCAUGAAAGUAACAGCCAUCUUAAUUCUGGAAUUGAUCUUUCGCGAGAAGAUAAGUUGAUAUCUAAUCAUGGUGGUGUAGUCACAAGUGGUAACUCUAACAACAAUGGCAAUCAAAGUAAAUCACACAAUAAUGAUGGUAAUUCCAGUACGGGCAACAAUACUCUUAAUAUCAAUAAUGGCGAUGGAAAUGAAAAUAACAGCAACAGCGAGACUCCCAUAAAUGGCCAUAAAUCGAUUGAACUGUCUGAUCAUGGACAUCAUGAUCAUCAUGUGUUACAUCCUGCCCAUCAUCAUCAAAACUCUCAUUCCCACCAUCACCACCAAUCAAACCAUCAUUCAUCACAUCAUCAUGGACAUGCAAAUUCACCGGUAACCUCAGCUCAUUCACAUCAACCUCAAACAGCUCACCAUCACAGUCAUCAUCAUGCAACCUUUAGCUCCUCACCCUCGGACCAAGUGUCAUUAGGGUUAACCAUCAAACAUCCCAUGAUAACAGCAACAAGUCCAACAGUCACUUCAAAUCCAAAUGUAGUAAGCAACGAUCAUCAUCAUUCACACCAUCAUCACUCUCACCAUUCUCAUCAUCCUUCCCAUUCCCAUUCCCACUCUUCCCAUCACUCACACCAUCACCAUUUACACGCCAAUUAUCCAACCUAUGGCGCUUCAACUAUGCAAGAUAGAGAUUUACUUUCAUCUGGUGCUUCUGGUAAUCAUUCGCAUACAUUUCGAAGUAUUUCGCACAGUGGAAGUGGCCACCAAUCUCCAUUAUCACCGAGCUUAGGAGCUUCAGCGUCAACAGAUUUGCCAAUCCAUAAUUUUCAUAACACUGGUGAACACUCAGCUUCUCCUCCGACCAUCAUUUCAAGUCGAAAUCACAUUUGGAAUGGAUUGACCGGAGCUGAAGAAGGAAAUAACAGAGGUGGGACAAACGGUCGUGACUCUACUUCGGCUGAAACUGGUAGCGAUGCUGGUACUCCAACUCCUCAAUCAAUUUAUGAGCAUAGUCCAUUAUCGGAUAUUGGUUCAUCACAAUCUUCAUUAUUAAUUUCGAAUUUGAAGAAAACAAAAAGACAACCUCAACCAAUACCUGAUAAUUGUAAAGAUGAUGCCUAUUGGGAGCGAAGAAGACGAAACAACGAAUCAGCAAAACGGUCAAGAGAGUCUCGACGAAUCAAAGAGCAUGAAACUCAUGUUAAAGUUAAGGUCCUUGAACAGGAAAACAUGAGGCUUUUGGCUAAAGUUAAUAUUUUAGAGAAUGAAGUUGAAAAACUGAGAAAGAUCGCUUAUGAUCGACGUGAAGGAGUCAAUGAUAAUGAUGGUCGGAAUUCAGGCAAUAAUGGAUCAGGCCAAGGAACAAGGCCAAGUUCAAGUGCAAACUAGCAAAAAUUAAAGCAAAUAAACUUGUUAUCAUAGCUUUUCAGUAAAGCAAAUUUGAAUGAUUUUAGUUUUUUAGCCACUUUAUGAAAAUAAAAUGAUUUUAGACAUUUUGACACUAGAA